UGAAAAAUACACUCAGUCACGACUGAGUGACUGAACUGACUAGGCUUUGUAAGCCUCAGUUUUCUCAUUGGUAAAAUGGGAUAAGUAACAGUACCUACCUCAUAUUGUUGCUAUGAGAUAACGCUUUCAGAGAGCUUACAUUUCCGCUAACUGCUCAUCUGGGGGCAGUCUUCUUUGACCUUCUGUGGUCUGGCCCAUGUCAUCAUGAUGUCACAAUGCCCUACUAGACUCCAACUUCUCCACUAGAGAGUUGUGGAUGCUUUGGAGUUACGGACUAGAACUGACAUGAGAGACCUCUACCAACUGAGGGUUUCGUGAGCACACUGCUCUGUCAAGAUCUUGGUGAAUAGUCUUUCACUGUGCAAUCGUGUCUUAGAAAUUGUUUUACUUGUUAUCAUGAUCGUGCUUGGCUGGAUGCUUUUUGUUGGAUUUGCAUGUUACUUGGGCACAUUUCCAGAGUUCGUGCCUCCAACUCUGAAGUGGAAAGAGAGGUGGGUUGUUCAGGAGAGCAAGACACACCUGAGGAGCCAGACUUUGGAUGAAGAUCUGCAACUGUGAGCGACUAUGACGGUCUGUUGAGCUGGAUUCCUCCCUUUCAAGAGAACUUGAUAGCACCCGGAAAUGUCAAUGGAAAGUUUACUUUCCUCUGGAAAAUAAAAUGAACUGUGAAAUGGGAAAGACUUUGAGGAGCACUGCUGAGGACAGCAAGCCCUGGGUCAAAGAUUUGUUAAUAACUAUACCUCCUGGGUAUUCUUUUCAAUGACUGUUCCACCUAUUAUUUUUUCCAUGCAGACUCUAUAAUAAAUUAGACCAGCAUUUUUAAUGCCCCUUUUGGCAGAUUCUGAAACUUGAGUUAAUGUAAAUUUGAGUUCAGGUUCUAACUUUGCAACUUCCUGGCCGUAUGACCUUAGGAAAGUUUAAUCUCUCUGAACCUCAGUUUCUUCAUCCAUAGGAUGGAGAUAUUCCAGUCUCUUUCUGUUUUUGUGAGAAUUACACGUGGAAAUUCAUGUGAAGCAUUUAAUGCAAAACUUGACAAGUUAGUAAAUGCUAGCUUUAAGUAGUAAAUGCUAACUUAACAACUAGGCCAAAUAAUGAACUAGUCAGCAGACUUACUGGUGACUAUGACCUUACCUACUUACCUAGGGCCACAAAAACCAACCCAUUUGUGAAGCUGAAACAUAGAUCUCUGGACUUAAUACCCCUCUCAUUCAUUCCACUUGACCAGCCUGUCUAUAGGAAGCAUUAGUAACAGUGUCCUUUUAGCAAACCAUCUCCUGGCCUUGAAUCCCACCCCCAUUUCAUUCAGACUGGUUUUUUCAAAGAUGUUCCCAUUGUUAAAGAAACUUAGCUCUUAAGAGUCUUAAUAUUAUAAUAUGCAAUUACAGGAGCAGGUUUUCUGGGAAGCUUCUCCAGAAGGCUUUAAGAAGGGUAUCCAGGGCUCCAGAAGGGUAUCAAGCAAGUCCCAGCCCUAAGUAUCCUAGGAGCAGGCCAUGAUGGGGUUCUUUUUUUUCGCCUAUGCCCCAGAAUUUCUAUGAAUGUAUCAGCCCAACAGUCAGACCUGUGCGGGGUGGGGUUGCAGGUGGAAUCACUGGGCACCUAUUUAGCUUGAGCAGCUGCCACAGUGCGAUCCUGACCAAACCAUUGACAUUGUGGGUGCCUCAGUUUCUCCAGCUAUGAAAUGAGCAGAAUAGCCCAUCUUCCUCCUCUUCCCUUCUCAGGAAAGUCAAGAGGAGUCUUUCCCUGCAUGAUGAGGGUUUAACUGUACCAUUUCUAGAAAUGCAAGACUUUUCUUCUUUGAGUAGCCUAACAGUUACUCAAGUUAUUUAUUUUGGUGGGGGGGGCAAGAAUACAGGAGUGAGUUGCCAUUCCCUUCUCCAGGAGAUCUUCCCGACCCAGGGAUUGAACCCAGGUCUCCCACAUUGUAGGCAGACGCUUUACCACCUGAUCCACCAGGGAAGUCUAUUCAAGUUAUUUAAGUAAUUGCUUAUAGUGUACAUAGCUAGUCACUCCUCCCCAUUAAUCCAUAGUGUGUGUUUUGUUCACAGCAACGCCUUGGGCAUCUGAUUGCAUAAAACAGGUAGUCAAACUUUUGGCAGGUGAUGAGUUAAUAAAGAUAAGAUGCCAGCUAGAUCCUAACCACACAGUCAAAGAACAGGGCCCUCCUACUCAGAGUUCUUUAGCCCGUACACACCCUGGCCAGCUGUCCCAUACCUUCUCACUCUGGUCCUCAAGGUCACAAGAGUUGAUGUCACAAUUAGUGUCCGAGCUAUCUGCCCCCCAGAUAGCCAUGGCGAGCCACUUCAGGUCAAACUAGACCACGAAGCUCUCCAGCCAGGAGCUACCAUGCUGGACCAUCCACCAUCUGGUCUUGCAUGAAGACAGCCCAGUUUCCAGGGCUCGGAAUAGAAUACCACACCUUUCAGAACCACCUGUUUCGUUCUGCACACACUACCAGCUAAGAAGCCCUGCAAUGAUUGUUGUCUUAUGGAUGCUUCUCAUUGCAGGAACAAUGUGGAAGGGAUACAAAUAUCCCCCAGGGGGGACCCCAGUGGAAAUAAGCAAAGAUGAUCCUGGUGAAGUGAUGCAGCUCUGAAGCUUUCCCACCCAGCUGUACAGUUCCUGAUGGUGUCCCAUAUAAAGUAAUUGCACAU